GGGCGAAGCCAAACAUAACAAUAAGGAGGAAGCCCUCUAAGGCAUGUGGCAAUGUUGGCGGCGGAUCCAGAAAAAGAUAGCGAUAAACCCCAGAGCUAAGCUUGCAACUCUUUUAAGUAAGUAACCCCGACUCAUUGCCUUUGUAUCAACGGCUCAGAUUAAAUUUUAUGUUUUAUAUCCGAUGGCUGAAACAAUAACCGCGUUUUACGAAGCCAACCCAUGAAUCUGUCAUCUUAAAUAAAAACAAAAUAAACAAAGGCCAAUUUUCCUCACUAUUUAUAAGUUUUACAAGACCCUAACCGUGUUCCUCCUUUUAGAGAGUUUUCUUCUUCCUCUAGUUUCUCCAGCCUCCGCCCCCAUCUCCUUAAACCCUUCACCCUCACUCUCUCUCUCCCUCUCUUAUCUUUCUCUCUCUCUCAACAAAGGAGAAUAAGAAAAGAAACUGUUCAAGAUCAUUAAUUGGGUGGGUGCAGGCUAAUAUUAGUUUGAAUCUGCUUUUUGUACUGAUAUAGGAAGGAAGUAAGAUAUAAUAAAAAGCAGAAAAUAUGCAAUCGAACAGUUCUGAUUCGUCGCAACCACAACAGCAACAGGAGCAGAAUCAACGGCCGCAGCAGCAGCAGCAACAACAACAACCACAUCCUCAGCAGCACCCGCAAUGGAUGGCGAUGCAGUACCCAGCGGCGGCUAUGGUAAUGCAGCACCAGAUGAUGCCACCUCAGCAUUACUCGCCGUCGCCGCAGCACUACAUGGCGUACCACCAGUAUCAGCAGCACCACCCACACCAACAGCUGCCGGGAUCUGGCGGCAGUGAGAAUAAGACUAUUUGGGUCGGAGAUUUGCACCAUUGGAUGGAUGAAAAUUACCUCCAUAACUGCUUUGCCUCAACUGGGGAGAUUUCUUCCAUUAAAAUUAUACGCAAUAAGCAGACUGGUUUGUCUGAGGGCUAUGGCUUUGUGGAGUUUUUUUCACACGCAACAGCAGAGAAAGUUCUGCAGAACUAUACUGGCAUUUUGAUGCCAAAUACAGAUCUGCCUUUUCGCCUCAACUGGGCAACAUUUAGCACCGGCGAAAAGCGUUCAGAUAAUAAUGCCUCUGAUCUUUCAAUUUUUGUAGGAGAUUUAGCUGCAGAUGUUACAGAUAGACUAUUGCACGAAACUUUUGCCAGUAAAUAUCCAUCUGUUAAAGCUGCAAAAGUUGUCUUUGAUGCCAAUACUGGCCGUUCAAAGGGUUAUGGAUUCGUAAGGUUUGGAGAUGAUAGUGAAAGGACUCAGGCAAUGACCGAAAUGAAUGGUGUUUAUUGUUCCAGCAGACCUAUGAGAAUUGGUGCUGCAACUCCAAGGAAGUCCUCUGGAUAUAAUCAACAUGGAGGGUAUGCACCUAAUGGUGCAUCAACCCAAGGCUUCCAAUCUGAAGGAGAUUCUUCAAACACAACAAUAUUUGUUGGAGGGCUUGACCCUAAUGUUACUGAUGAAGAUCUCAGGCAACCAUUCUCUCAGUAUGGAGAAAUAGCCUCAGUUAAAAUCCCAGCUGGAAAAGGAUGUGGAUUUGUACAAUUUGCCAACAGAAAUAAUGCAGAGGAUGCACUGCAGAAGUUGAAUGGAACAGUAAUUGGGAAGCAAACGGUUCGUCUCUCAUGGGGCCGCAAUCCAGCCAAUAAGCAGUUCAGAGGGGAUUUUGGCAACCAAUGGAGCGGGGCAUACUAUGGAGGACACGUUUACGAUAACUAUGGAUAUGCACUACCACCUCAUGAUCCAACCAUGUACCCUGCAGCAUAUGGAGCUUAUCCUAUGUAUGGAAGUCAUCAGCAGCAAGUAAACUGAUCCAAGCCUCAAAUCUGUUUAUGGCAGCCAUCGAAGAACAAGUGAGCAACUUACCAAAUGCUUCCACCUGAAAAUGGCAUCCAUCAGCAGAAAAGCAAAGCUUGUGAGCUACAAAGAAGUAGUUCUAGUAGUUUGACCUGUUCAUGACUCUAGAACCUGUGAUUAUGUAACUCGGUCGCUUGGUGCUGUAGGAUUCUUAUUAAUCCCUCCUUUUAAAGGAGUGGAACUGAAUUUUGAUAAAAGUGAGGUAGUGUUAUAGUUGGUUAAUAAUUUAGCUAGAGCUAGACUCUCAGAAUUCAGAAAAGAAUUAUUGAAAUGCAUGGCCUGAAAUAUUAUUUAUCUCAAGUUUGCAGCAA